AAACCACCUUCAAAAUUCCACCACAAAAAAAAAAAAAAAAACCAGAAUCCAUGGAUCUCUAUAACGACAUCUAUGGAGCUGUGGACUUUGAUGUCUACGACAACGAUGAAGAGCAAUCAAUGGCAGUUCUACGUGCAGCCAUGGAGGAGUGUCUUGCCGGCUUUAAACGUGAUCUUGCCGGCUUUAAACGUGAUCUACACGAGGAGAUGGAGAAGAUGAGGCAAUAUUUGAAGGAUGAGGCAGCAGUUUGGGGGAAAACAAUGAAGAACUCCAACGGGCUGGCUAACGUGGAGAUGGUCAAUGAUUUGCAGGUUUCAACAAAACCUCAACCAUUGGUGACUUCCUCACUCAAACGAUCAACAACUUCACCAAAACGUGGACGAGCACGAACGCUUCCGAGGCGCCACCAUCACACUUCACCAAAAAGACACAGAUACGGGAGGAAGAGGAAGACGACACGGACAUGGAAAAAGAUGAAGAAAGUGUCACGGGCAGAGAAGAGAAAGAAGCGACGAGGAAAGAAACCCAUAAGUGAAGUGUUGGUGCAUUGGCAAGGACUUUCACGGACGGAAGCAACCUGGAAAGAUGCCCAAGCUUUUCUACGAACCUUGAGGACAAGGUUCUUUGGAGGGUGGAGUAUUGAUAAGAUCAUAACCAAGAUUAAACCGGAGAAGACUUGGUCAAAGUCUCAAAGAGAAAAGAAGAAAUGUUUAAGGGACCAACGUAACAAUUGGUAUCAGAGCAGUUCUAUCCUUUUGUUGACGGCAUUCUUCGUGAAUCAACGUUCAACAAACCACCUUCAAAAUUCCACCACAAAAAAAAAAAAAAAACCAGAAUCCAUGGAUCUCUAUAACGACAUCUAUGGAGCUGUGGACUUUGAUGUCUACGACAACGAUGAAGAGCAAUCAAUGGCAGUUCUACGUGCAGCCAUGGAGGAGUGUCUUGCCGGCUUUAAACGUGAUCUUGCCGGCUUUAAACGUGAUCUACACGAGGAGAUGGAGAAGAUGAGGCAAUAUUUGAAGGAUGAGGCAGCAGUUUGGGGGAAAACAAUGAAGAACUCCAACGGGCUGGCUAACGUGGAGAUGGUCAAUGAUUUGCAGGUUUCAACAAAACCUCAACCAUUGGUGACUUCCUCACUCAAACGAUCAACAACUUCACCAAAACGUGGACGAGCACGAACGCUUCCGAGGCGCCACCAUCACACUUCACCAAAAAGACACAGAUACGGGAGGAAGAGGAAGACGACACGGACAUGGAAAAAGAUGAAGAAAGUGUCACGGGCAGAGAAGAGAAAGAAGCGACGAGGAAAGAAACCCAUAAGUGAAGUGUUGGUGCAUUGGCAAGGACUUUCACGGACGGAAGCAACCUGGAAAGAUGCCCAAGCUUUUCUACGAACCUUGAGGACAAGUAAAGUGGAUCACAGUCAUAAGUUCAAGAGUUUAAUGGAUCAUGUUGACUCACAUGAACCUGACUUUGGAAACAUAGUUGACCUCCACGAUGAUGAAGAGAUAGAUGGUGAUGAAGAAACUACUUUCACGAAUUUAUUUGAGGUCAAUAAUGAAGAGGAACUACAAGGACGUGUUUUUGCCACUCCACGAUAAUCUCUUCGGUCUCUACGUCUUCUCCAACUGUGUGUGAAAUAUUCAGUUGUAAACAGCAUGAGAACAUAGAUCAUGAUUUAUCAUAUAUGUUAAUUUAUGAAGAACUAAAUCUCGUCGAGAAGAAGUUAUAAACAUUCAUAUGACAC